AUGUCAGGGGGAAAUCGUACCAGAGUGACUGAAUUCAUACUUAGUGGAUUCCCUGGACUUCAUCCAGACUACUUUGGACUUGUUUCAGCUGUGUUAUUUUCAGUAUUUUUGAUAACUGUGAUGGGAAAUGUUACAGUUUUUAUUUUAUUUAUAACUAACCGCUGCCUUCAUAAGCCAACUUAUUAUAUUAUUUUAAACCUGACUGCAUGUGACCUCCUCUUCAGCACAACCACUUUACCUAAAAUGAUCAGUAAGUACUGGUUUAAAUUAGGGACAAUUUCCUUUGAUGGUUGUUUUAUCCAAAUGUUCUUAGUUCACUACUUAGGCUCAGUGAAUUCCUUCGUUCUCUUCCUUAUGGCCUUUGAUAGGUAUUUGGCUAUCUGCCAUCCUCUCAGAUAUGUAAAUAUUCUUCAAUUCUCCACAGUCGUCCUUCUCAGUGUUACUGUCUGGAUUAUUGCCACUUUCAUUCCUCUAAUGAUGGUUGUUAGAGCAUACCCUCUCCCUUACUGUGCCUCAAACAUAAUCAAUCACUGUUACUGUGAUCAUAUUGGUAUAACAGUGCUAGCCUGCACGGACAGGACCCUUUAUUCUUUUCCUGCUUUUGUGGGUGCAAUGAUUACACUACUGGGACCGCUAGCAUUCAUAGUUUUCUCAUAUUGCUUUAUACUGAUAGCAGUAAGUAAGAUUGCAAACAAGCAAAACUGCAUGAAAUCUCUGUCCACAUGUAGUACUCAGCUAAUAAUAAUAUCACUGUAUUAUUUACCAAGAUGUUUUGUAUAUUUAGCCAGCAAUGUUGGCAUUACAUUUAGUACUGAUAUAAGAAUUCUGAUCAUUGUGCUUUAUAGCCUUGUCCCCCCCAUGGUCAAUCCAUUUAUAUAUUGCCUAAGAGCUAAAGACAUGAGAACAUGCUUGUUUAAACAUUUUUAUAGAAGAAUCCAACCAAGAAACACACAAGUUUUAACAAUUAGUAAUUGA